AUGGCUACUGCUUUUGCCAGUGGGACGGAGGAAAACGCUGAGAUUGUCCCGCGCGAUGAAGGAAGUACUUGGCUGCACCAUGGAGGUCUGUAG